AUGGCUUUGUAUGUUCCGUUAAAGGUGAAGAAUGAGGAGUGUGCUCUGUUUGACAGGUUGAAUAUGAGCCAGUGUUUCACUCUGGGUGACGUCACUACCGUCAACAUGACCAUGGUGCAAGGAGGGGUUGCCUACAACGUAAUCCCCGCUGAGAUGGAAGUGAGCUUUGACCUGAGAAUACCUCCCACCGUCAAUCUUCAGGGGUUUGAAAAGCAGAUCAAGCUGUGGUGUAAAGAAGCAGGCGAAGGAAUCACCUAUGAGUUUGCUCAGAAACACAUGAACCAGAAUGUGACCUCUACUGAGGAGAGUGAUCCCUGGUGGAAUGCAUUCAGCACUACCUGCAAGGCAAUGAAUAUGGUUUUGGAAAAGGAGAUAUUUCCUGCAGCCACUGAUAGCCGUUUUAUCCGAGCUGUGGGGAUCCCAGCGGUGGGCUUCUCCCCCAUGAACCGGACCCCCAUCCUGCUGCACGACCACAACGAGUUCCUCAACGAGCAGGUGUUCCUGAGUGGCAUCGACGUGUACCAGAGACUCAUUCUGGCUCUUUCUAGCGUUCCCGCCUUCCCUGACGAGACAAAUCCCUUUCUUUAGCCCCCUGGUCAACACAUUAAACUAAAGAACUAGCAGAUAUUGCCAAAGAAUAAGGAACAUGUAUUCAUAUAUACAUAUAGGAUUUCCUUAAUACAAUGAUUUUCUGUUAAUGAAAUGAAUACUCAGGUGUGUGUGUGUGUGUGUGUGUGUGUGUGUGUGUGUGUGUGUGUGUGUGUGUGUGUGUGUGUGUGUGUGUGUGUGUGUGUGUGUGUGUGUGUGUGUGUGUGUGUGUGUGACACAGCGGUGUAACACUGAUCAUCUUUGCAUUCUAGGUUGGCCGUAUGUCAAAGCAGUCUUUAGUUAAUAUUAUUUGCUGUUUGAAGAAGUGGUUCUAUAAUUUCAAAUAUAGAAUGAGAGCAAUUGACUCAUAUCUAUCUUUCAUUUAAGCUUUUUGAUCCUCACCUUUUGUAAAUGCAGUUUUAAUCCUAAACGUUUUAUGAUGCAUUUGACUUUAUAAUGAUGACUUCUAAUAAAAUAAUGAAUAUUUUAUGAAACUGGAGAUAUUUCUCCCCCAACCAGUCUCAUUUGGUCAGUUACAUUCCUCCUAAAUAUUAAUAAAAACAAAUGGAUAAUCUCAAUGUUGGAUACUACAGAACUUCUUAAAUGAAGUAAUGUUACAUAGGCCUAAUCAAUCUCCAGCACAUGGUCCAUUUCAAAAACAUUUCAAAGGUUUCUCCCAAAGACAUUUCCCAAUUGACAGUGACAUUAUGUACAAACCAUCAAAUGUUCUGAAUGUAUUCCCAUGACUCAUCUAAAUAAAGCAUCUGUGAAAUGGUAUAUGUCGUACGUAAACAAAAACAGAAUGAUGGCACUUUUGUCAAGACCAGCCACCAUAUCCACCUGUGUAUGAGGACAACUGCUAUAAAAUAAAGGAAAAGUUAACCGAAGGGCUUCUAGAGCGAUGCACUGUUCUCCCUUUAGAGUGGCCAUCUAGUUCACAGCGUGUCCAUGUCUGAUUGGGAUUGUCAGGGAGACAGCCGACUCUAAAUACAGAGUAGAUCUUCAGGACAGCAGCAUUAACACUUC